UGGCUAUUGGGGGAACUAUAGACCCCAAGAACCCCAAUAAUACAGACACAUUCGGUGUCACAUGCCAGGUCUCUGCGAGCGAAGGCUAUGGGUACUCCACCCUCCGAUAUGGUUUGGCAAAUGUGAUGCACACCCAGUAUGAUAAUGGCACUCUGGACUCGUCCUUCCAAGCUCUGUCUUACGUAGACAUCAAGACAGUUGCGACUGGCCUCAUUUCUGCUUUCAGAGCUGAAGCAGGUCUCGUGGGUAAGCCGGGGAUCAUGGGUCUCGCCAUGGCCUCAUGCUGGAACGGUGGUCAAGUGGACCUCGACGGACUGGCGGGCGGGAUCAGCAACGCUCUCGCGGCGGCUGCUACCGCGGGUUAUGAGUACGAACUUGCCCAAACUCAGACCAAGUCCGCAGAAUUGCCGGUCGGCGUGAAUCAGAAUGGCCUCGCUGUACCAGGCUUGGGUUGGAAGAGGAGCUCAAGGUUGUGGGCCUAUUCUGUAUUGGAGAUCCUUGGCGGGCUUCUGUGGCUUGCAGCUGGUAUAUAUAUGAUUGGUGGAGGGACUCGGUACGACCCAUCAGACUGGUUCCAAACCAUCAACACUUCGGCCGGCUCUGAUCUCAAUCAAAUCCAAGGAACGUGCACAGGAGCUGACCAUGUUGGUUUCUCCCAGAUCAAGACUACUCCAUUGAGCGCCGCCGAGAAGUACGGAUGCAGAGCAAAUUUCGUUGAUGAAAGCAAGGGGCAAGUGUAGGCG